AUGGGACCCACUUUCCUCUGUGAGCUGGGCCUAUUCUCAGGUAAACCCAGGGCCACACUGACUCCAGGAUCAACUAUCAUACCAGUAGGGGGCAGUGUGACACUGAACUGCUCUGUGGGGAGCUCUGCUGGCUGGAAAUAUGAGUGGUUCAGACGUGACCAAAACACUGAAGUUCAAACGAGAACAGAUGAUCAACAAAACGGAGUAAUCAGAGUAUCUCAAGGAGGAAUCUACCACUGCAGAGGAAGAAGAGGAAACCCAGUUUACUACACUGAUAAAAGUGGUGAUGUCACCAUUGAGAUAACCUUUUCCAAUAAGGUUGUUGUUAAAGGACGACCGAGCUGGCCUCAGAUAUUCAGCGGUGAGACGAUCAGUCUGACAUGUGAGGUGCAGGAAGGAGGUGAAACCACUGAGUGGGAGUAUAGAUGGAGAGGACCCAACCAGACCACACAGUGGACUCACAAUAAUUACUGGAUAUUCAAUGUUUCUGAGUCCAGCAGUGGAGACUACAUGUGUAAGAGUCAACGCAGAGGUGACUCAUAUUCUUCAACAGAGUGGAGUGAAGCCUUCAACUUGUCAGCAUCAAGUCUGGGUCACGGUAGCAGCAGCCAAAGCAGAGAAGCCCACACCUCCCUCUCCCCACCCACCUCCUCCAGCUUAUCUGCAGGAACGCUGAGGUGCUCGCAGGCCAGCCGAGACACUUAA